AUGACGCAAUCCCUGGGUAUCGAACAGUAUAAACUCUCGGUGGUAUCUGGUGGUAAACCCACUCUGAAUAAUUUCAGUUCGGUAACCGGUAAUAAGAAUAUCGCCCGUCUAUCACACGACCAACGAAACUAUAUUAUCCCGUUUAACAACCAGAUCAAGGUGUAUUCUGUGGAAACUAGACAAUGUAUUAAGACGCUGAAGUUUGCAAACAAUUCCGUUCUAUCCGAAAUCUUUUUGCAGGAAGAAGACAAUAAUGAGUCGAUCGUAAAGAUUCUAAUGGGUGAUAUAACCGCUCCGCAACAAGAAGACGCUCAUCUGAUUACCGUAUUCACCAAGAAUGGUCAUGUGGUUGUUUUAAAUUAUAAGGGGAAGCUAGUCGAGACCCCUAAGCAUUUCAAAAUCUCUUUGGGAAAUGAAAAGCUCUCGAAUGUUUUUCAUUGCGAGGGCAGCUAUAGAAUUUUGACAACGUUCAAAGACCCCAAUCAAAAGGUACACAACUCUUUGCAAUCGUAUAGAUUGUAUGGAUUAACUUUUGACGACAUUAAAGGGCAAUUUGACGUUGCUCACCAGGCAGAAUGGCACAACAUCAUAUUGUCAAAUAUUUCUUCCAAUGGUAAACUAUUAGCGCAUAUGUCCAAAGACGUCUCAACGAAAGAUCACGAACACAAAUCCAUCUCAGUUGUUUCGCUUUUUGAUGACUCUGUAAACUUGAGCUUUCCCCUCAGUUCCAUCCUUUCUUCACAGACUCAAUCCCUAUCCUCUAAUACAAGGUACGUUUCUAGCAUGGCCAUAGAUAAUAUGGGCCAACAGUUGGCAGUUGGAUUUGCUUCUGGAGUUAUAAGUAUCGUAAACCUGGCCGAUCUACAAAUAAGGCUGCUCAAAUGGCAUAUCGACUCCGUGCUAUCACUUUCAUUCUCUCACGAUGGAUCCUAUUUGUUAUCCGGUGGUUGGGAGAAAGUAAUGAGUUUAUGGCAAUUGGAAACAAACUCUCAACAAUUCCUGCCCCGUUUGAACGGUAUCAUAAUCGACUGUCAGGUAUUGGGACCACAAGGUAACUACUACUCUUUAAUCCUACAAAUGACUGAAAACAACUCAAACUCUGACUACCAAUUUUUACUCUUGAAUGCUUCUGAUUUGACCUCUAAAUUAUCGAUUAACGGGCCAUUACCGGUGUUCAACAGUACCAUAAAACACAUCCAGCAACCAAUCUCGGCCAUCAAUACCAAGAACUCUAACUCAAUUACCUCUCUUAACCACUCCAAAAAGAAACAAUCGAGGAAAUUAAUUAAAUCGAAAAGACAAGAUUUCACUACUAAUGUAGAAAUAAAUCCUAUCAACAAGAACCUAUAUUUCCCACACAUUUCCGCCGUUCAAAUUUUUGACUUUUACAAAAAUGAGCAAGUGAAUUAUCAAUAUUUGACGUCGGGUGUCAAUAAUUCUAUGGGUAAAGUUAGAUUUGAACUUAAUUUACAAGAUCCAAUAAUAACUGAUUUGAAAUUCACCAAGGAUGGACAAUGGAUGAUUACAUAUGAAAUAGAAUAUCCGCCAAAUGAUCUUUUGUCUUCUAAGGACUUAACCCAUAUUCUGAAAUUCUGGACCAAGAAUGAUAAUGAAGCAAACUGGACUUUGAAGACAAAGGUGAUAAAUCCACAUGGAAUAAGUGUCCCCAUUACCAAAAUUUUACCUUCUCCAAGAUCAGUUAAUGGCAGUCAAGGCUGCUUAACAGCAGACAACAACGGUGGGCUGAAAUUUUGGUCAUUCGACUCUCAUGAGAGCAACUGGUGCUUGAAAAAAAUUUCAUUACCAAACUUCAACCACUUUAGUAAUUCUGUUUCUUUAGCUUGGUCUCAAGAUGGGUCUCUAAUAUUCCAUGGUUUCGAUGAUAAGUUGCAAAUUUUAGAUUUCGACACUUUCAAAAAGUUUGAAUCGCUAGAAAAUACAAAAACAGUCAGCGAAUUUACAUUAGACUCCGAAAUCCAAACUGUUAAGUUGAUUAAUGACACAAAUUUAAUAGUGGCGACCAGAACUUCAUUAAAUGCCAUUAACUUAUUACAGGGCCGAGUCAUAAAUAGUUUUGACUUAUAUCCAUUUAUUAACGGGGUUUAUAAAAACGGUCACCUUGAUAGGCUAAUUACUUGUGACGAAAAGACAGGCAACAUUGCGCUGGUAAUAAAUCAACAACUAACUGAUAUUGAUGGCGUACCAACCACUAAUUACAAAUCCCGUAUCAUUAUAUUCGAUUCUGAUUUAUCUACAAAAUUGGGUAAUUUUACACAUCACGAAUACAUAUCUUGGAUCGGUUGGAAUUACGAUACUGAUUUCAUAUUUUUGGACAUAGAAUCUACAUUGGGUGUUGUCGGAACCACCGUGAAUACCCAGCUAUCUGAUGAAGUUAAUAGCGAAGGAAUAUUAGAUGGUCUGGUAAGCAAUACCACCACGACUUCUGCCUUCAAUACCGAUGUCUUUGCAGAGCAAUUGAAUAAACUGUCGUCUAGGGGCAAAAAAAGUGACGCCAGAGAUAAAGAUGCAAAUGGUAACGACGAAGAUGAAGAAGAUAUCGCUUUGGAAUUUAUAAACGGUGAAAAGAAAGAUAAGUUAGUCAAUAUGAAUAGUUUUACAAGCAUGUUUGACAAUAUUCAAAAUGUGCAAAUGGAUACAUUUUUCGAUCGUGUAAUGAAAGUGAUCACAUAG